AUGAACAUGGGUAGAUGUACUGCAUGUCGUCAAAGCAAGAUAAAAUGCUCUGGCGAUGAGCCAUGCGUCAACUGUCGAAGACGUUCGCUCAACUGUCAGUUUUCAGAGGGAAACAAUAAGAUCCUGGUAUCCGAAAGAUAUCUUCGUGGGUUGCAGAAACAAGUAUACGAUGGGCAACGUGCGGCAUGGGCCAGACGUCCACGAGAGGAUUGUUUUCGCUUUGAUGAUGAUCUCGAUGCAGGAAAUUCCGUGAACGACUUCGGAGCCUCUGCAGAGCUUUUUGGUUCUAGGCCUGAAGAAUCUCCAGCGUCGCCUACAACUGAGCUAUCAUGUAAUAUAUGGACAAGUCCAUUCACGCUGCCUACAACAGUUAUCAAGGAUACACACCAGGAGCAAAGAAAUUGGAAUGGGGAUAUCUACCCCUUUGCAUGGACCCGUGUGACAAAUCCUGGCCCUCCGGAUACUAGUGGCCUACCUUCCCUUAGUUACGCUCUCUACCUUUUCCAAACUGUUCAGUUUCAUCUUGGUCGGGCAUACCGGUUCUUCGACGAAGACACAUUCAUCACACACAUACAUAAGUUUUACAACAGUAGCUCGGAUGAAAAAGCGUCCGAGCCUCGUUUCUGGGUCGUGCAGUUUCUCAUGAUUCUUGCACUUGGAAAUGCGUUUCUCUCACGGCCUCGCAAUCAGAAAGACCCUCCUGGCUCAAAAUACUUCAAUCGUGCUAUGUGCGCCAUGCCAAACUAUACAUCUACCGGAAAGGACAGUUUGUUAGCCAUCGAGGCUUUGGCACUUGUCGGACUAUACUUGUAUGCUAUUGAUCAUAGAGAAGCAGCCCAUGUGCAUGUUGGCCAUGCUAUACGAAUAGCACAGAUGGAAGGGAUGCAUACUCAACUCCCUGAAGAAGUACUCGGGCCAGCAACGGUUGCGCGAUGUCGAAAUCUAUGGUGGUCCUUGUACAUCAUGGACCGUCAUUUUUCUCCAUCGUUGGGACUUCCGAUGACGACUAAGGACAGCGACAUAACGACCCUGAUCAACCCACCGAAUUCAAGCCCGCGUGACCUUACGUUUAGCCUCCAAACUCAACUCGGAACGUUUUUGGAAAUAACCCGAAGUAUAUUAGAGACCAUGGCUAGGUAUGCGGAAGAAAUCGAGAAGAUGAUUCAUAUCAACUUUCAUGGUUCCAUGGAUAAUGUGCCUGAAGAGACACGGCAUACGAUUUUAUUGUAUCACCAGUGUGUGAUCGUCGCUACAAGGCCGCUUCUUCUGUCCGUCCUUAAGGAAAGGCUCGAAAAACUAGGCCGCGCAGAAGAAGAUUGGCAGAAAUUUUUGGCUCUCCCCAAGUCUUUGAUAUCCAUUGGUAUCAAGUCUGCCGAGAAGACGCUUCAGAUAAUAGGUGAUGGAAAUGGCCUUCUUGAAACAUUCCUGUCAUUCGAUCUUGAAUUAACCUAUGCAGCCGCUCUACAUUUGACCAUGGCCAAUGCGCUUUUCCCUUCCUCCUCAGAUGAUUGGUCAUACAGCCAGGUAGCCCACUCGAUCCUCGACGAAAUGAUUCUUUGCGGGAACCGGGUCGCAGAAGCUCGAAAAGGGGAACUAAGCCGUAUCGAAGGGCUAUUUCAGGAGCUAGCAAGGCGGGUUGAGCAGGAGGGUCUUCGAAUAUUGACUUUGUCUGAUCCGGGACUUGCGGAGGUGGCACCUGUGAACAUCCCCGACGAAGCUCGUCCAGAGGAUGUUCCCGUGACUGAGCCCACUAUGGUUCCACGGUCUUCAGUCCGAGAUAACCGACCGUUCUCCGCAGAUCCACUGGCCCCCGCUAAUAAUAUUGAUUCUCUUGAUAGUAUUGGUAUCUCUUCCUACGAAUUUCUGUCUAUUGUUGACCAGAUCAAUAACCCGGGACUACCCUAUGAGGACUUGGAUGUGAGACCAGAUUGGCUGGCGGAAGAGGAUAUCACAGACUCGUUUGACUGA